AUGGCGUCUGCUCAUGUGGAGCCUGUGGUCAUGCACCCUGCUGGACGGCUGCCUUUCCGGGGUCACUUCUGCUCCUCACAUCUGCUGGGGCUCAUCCCCUUCUUCCAUGUGGUGAAGCAGGAUUUGGGCAUUCCUGAGGCUCCCAGCCAGACACCACCCCUGAGCGCCACAUCCCAUGAUCGCUUCAGCCACAGGCCUUUGACAUUUCCAUGUGGCAAGGCACCCAGCAGAAGGAACUGGUGCUCCUAUGUGGUGACCCGCACCAUCUCAUGCCAUGUGCAGAAUGGCACCUACCUUCAGCGAGUGCUGCAGAACUGCCCCUGGCCCAUGAGCUGUCCGGGGAGCAGCUACAGAACUGUGGUGAGACCCACAUACAAGGUGAUGUACAAGACAGUGACUGCCCGUGAGUGGAGGUGCUGCCCUGGGCACUCGGGAAUGAGCUGCGAGGAAGUUGCAGGUUCCUCUGGCUCCUUGGAGCCCAUGUGGUCGGGCAAUACCAUGCGGCGGAUGGCACUUCGGCCCACAGCCGUCUCAGGUUGUCUCAACUGCAGUAAAGUAUCAGAGCUGACAGAGCGGCUGAAGAUGCUGGAGGCCAAGGUGGCCAUGCUGACUGUCAUAGAGCAGCCAGCGCCUCCAACACCAGCUACCCCUGAGGACCCUGCCCCACUCUGGGGCCCUCCUCCUGCCCAGGGCAGCCCCGGAGAUGGAGGCCUCCCAGACCAAGUCGGUGCUCGGGGGCUGCCCGGGCCCACCGGCCCCAAGGGAGAUGCCGGCAGCCGGGGCCCAAUGGGGAUGAGAGGCCCACCAGGUCCACAGGGCCCCCCAGGGAGCCCUGGCCGGGCUGGAGCUGUGGGCACCCCUGGAGAGAGGGGACCUCCUGGGCCACCAGGGCCUCCUGGCCCCCCUGGACCCCCAACCCCUGUUGGGCCACCCCACGCCCGGAUCUCCCAGCAUGGAGACCCACUGCUGUCCAACACCUUCACUGAGACCAACAACCACUGGCCCCGGGGACCCACUGGGCCUCCAGGCCCUCCAGGGCCCAUGGGUCCCCCUGGGCCUCCUGGCCCCACAGGUGUCCCUGGGAGUCCUGGACACAUAGGACCCCCAGGCCCAACUGGACCCAAAGGAAUCUCUGGCCACCCAGGAGAGAAAGGCGAGAGAGGACUGCGUGGGGAGCCUGGCCCCCAAGGCUCUGCUGGGCAGCAGGGGGAACCUGGCCCCAAGGGAGACCCUGGUGAGAAGAGCCACUGGGCUCCUAGCUUACAGAGCUUCCUGCAGCAGCAGGCUCAGCUGGAGCUCCUGGCCAGACGGGUCACCCUGCUGGAAGCCAUCAUCUGGCCAGAACCAGAGAUGGGGUCUGGGGGAGGCCCUGCCGGCACAGGCACCCCCAGCCUCCUUCGGGGCAAGAGGGGCGGACAUGCAGCCAACUACCGGAUCGUGGCCCCCAGGAGCCGGGAUGAAAGAGGCUGAGGGCGGUGGCGGCCCUUGGGGCAGACAAGGCCAGGCUUCCCCUCCUACCUGGACUCGGCCAGCUGCCUCCAGGGACCGCCCGUCCAUAUUUAUUAAUAUCCUCAGGGUCCCUUCUGCCAUCUAGGCCUUAGGGGUAAGCAGGUCUCAGUCCUGGCACCAUACACGUCUGAGGCUGAGCAGGGGCUGAGAGGAGAGGCUUGGGCCUCAGUUUCCCUCUGUGAAGUGGGGGGAGGCAGGCCUUCAAGGAGGGGUAGAGGUACAAGGCUUCGUCUCAUCUGCUGUCUGAGUAUCCAGGCCCAAAGGCACUGAGGGACACAGGAGGGCUCAGGAGUUGGGGCUUAGCACAUGCAGGGAUGACAGGGCAGGGAGCAGUCCUCCUCCCUCUCCUCCCCAACCAAACCUCGGGGAGCCCUCCUGUGCCCCUCCCUCCUUGUUGUCCAGUGCUGGGUUCCCCACCCCGAGGUCAAGCUGCCCAAUCCUCUGACUGGAUCACCAGGGGCUUCUUGCCUCAUUUCUCCCCUCUGAGCCCCCAGGCGCUCCCACAUCUCAGGUUGGGGAUGGGGACAUGGAGAAGGGGCUGCCUGCUCCCACAAAUGCUUGUGACAGAUGCCAGGAGGUAGAUGUGUGCUGGCCAAUAAAGGCCCCUACCUGAUUCCCCGCA